AGAUUUACCAGUUUUUGCGAAUAAAUUGGCUUUUGUUUACUUUUUCAUGUUGCCGCUCAGGGAAGACAGAAUUUUACGAAUUUUAAUUUUAUUCCCAAGCUGUUUUAUUAUUUUCCACUGGCCGAGCGUUUGUGAAGCAGUUCUAGAAUGAAUCCUAUGACAAACAUUAAAAAUAUAGCCAAAUUAAGUGAAAUCGAGCUAAACAAAUCUUGGAGUUCAUCUUGGCACGACAAGUACAAGGACAGCGCUUGGAUUUUCAUUGGAGGUUUGCCUUUCACGCUCUCAGAAGGUGACAUCAUAGCGGUUUUUUCGCAGUAUGGAGAAGUUGCUUCAAUAAAUCUGGUCAGAGACAAAGAUACUGGCAAGAGUCGAGGGUUUUGUUUCCUUUGUUACGAAGACCAAAGGAGCACAGUGCUAGCUGUUGAUAACCUGAAUGGAAUCAAGAUUUUGAGCAGAACCAUUCGAGUUGACCAUGUUGAAGAAUAUAAGAUGGCCAAAAAGAGGAAAGACGGAGAGCCAAGUAAUGAUAACACACAAAUUCUCACAAAACCGAGUGUUGAGCCGUUAAUUCCUAAGAGGGUCGAAAUCAAGGAGGAAAAACCUGAGAAGAGUGAAAGGAAAAGGCACUCGAAGGACAAGAAGAGUAAGAAAGACAAGAAAAGCGACAAGGACAAGAAGAAAAAGAAAUCAAAGAAGCGAAAGAGAAGCCGUUCGUCAUCUUCCUUGUCUUCUUCAUCCGAUUCCAACUAAGCUAAACAUAGUUAAGGUAAAUUAUAGAGAAAUAUGAAACUUUGCACAAAAAUUCAAUUUGUAUUUUUAGUUUUUAUACCCAGAAAGUCAAAAAGCCAACAGUUAGGCACUUGAUCAAUAAAUUAGAAAAUUUUCAUUAUUAAAUUAUAUGAUAAAAGUUUAAUGGGUUAAUUUUAGACCACUCAAACUAUUAUGGAAAUUAAAAAAAUUGUACCUUUUUAGCUGUAUUGGCCCUUUAAACAAAAUAAGCCAAAUAAUUAUGGAACAAAUUUUUAAAUCAAACAAAUACCAAUAACAAUUUAAAUUUGUUCCGUGGCUGGUCAAAGUUAAAUAGAUUUGAUCACAUUAAACUUUUUUUCUAUUUUAUAAGGGUAAAAGCAACAACGCCUAAGCAAAAUAU